AUGGUUCUCAGUCCCCAAGCACAUGUCCCUUUGCUGCUGGCCACCAGUCUUCCCCAGGGCAGCAGGCCUCCAGCCCUGGCUGCAGACCCGGCCCUGCGCAUCACUCACUGGCACUCAGCCACCUCAUCUGUAGAAGUGAAGAGUGACAUCGUGCACACCAGCUUCCUGAGACACAGCCCAGGCCUUACACUCACACUGGCCCUGCCCUUCCCCUCUCUCAGGGGCAAUGCCAACUGCACUUUGCACUCUGAUGACCUCAAAGCACUUUCAUGGCUGCCCUCAAAGAGGGCAGCAGCACCUGCCCAGGCUCCAGAACCCUCCAGGGAGGUCCUCACCUACAGCUCCCCUGCCCUCACCUCCUCCUCUCUGCCAGGUGCCAAUGGAUUUCCCUGCUGUGGCAAGGAGUCAGUGGACAUUGUGGAUACACAGGGUAGCAAAAACCAACCCCAGUUCCAGCUGGUACAAGAGGAAGAUGAGAUCAAGCUGGAGAAAGAAUUGCUAGAACUAGAGCCCCCACACAAGGUGGGCCUGGAUCUAGAGCCAGAACUGGAGUUGGAGGUGGAGCCGAAGGCCGAGGACUCCGAGCAACUCAAGUAUAGGAUUGAGUCCCUCCAGCCCAACACGCAGCCCGACACGCAGCCCGACAUCAGCCAGUGGAGCAUCAGGCCAAAUUCCAGCUACCUGAGUUCAGCAGAGGAGGACCAGGUGUCCACCAACCAUCGCUCUAUCUGCGUGCAGACCUCUAAGCACCUCUUCUGGGCAGACAAACUCAUCCAGGCCUCGGAGCACAGCCUGGAACGGAUGACUGACACUCAGCUGGGCAAGAACAAAGGUAAGACCAUUAGCCAUCUGGGCCAGCAGUCUGUCCCCAAGGACACCACGUGCUCCAAGAAGCAGCUCCAGACCCCCAGUGCCCAGCCAGGUCCGCCAGCCACAGACUCCCAACAGCUACCAAACCCCUACCCAUCCUCCUCCAGUCUCUCACCAGCCAUCGGUCUGGAAGAGCUGGUCAACUUUGCCUCUUCCUUGGCUGUGGCCUCUUCCAGCAAGAUGGACUUGCCCAACUUGGAGCACAUGAUCAAAGCUCCGCCCCAGAAGGCUGAGGCGCCUUCUACAGAUCCCACCACCCAGGUGGCCAUGGACCAGCCCGAGAAGAAAAAGCUCACUAAAGAGUUGCCAGAUAGACCACCACUUAAAGCCAGGGAGUCACAGAAAGCUCAGAAGCCACAGGACAAGAACUUCUCCCACCCUUACCUCGACUUCAGCAAGCCGGGGAUCAAGAGGGCUACCAUUAAAGGAGAAGUGAAGCUUCUCCAGCCACCGGCCAUGUCCCCUCUGCCUCAAGGAGACAUGAAAGACUCGGUGCCGGGAACCAGGAAAGGGAGUCCAUUAUUGCUGAAAAUCCAUUUUAAGGUGUCGUCCCCCACUUCCCCAGAGAAAUGACUAGACAAAACCAGUAAAGCCUCCAGUGCUGGCCUCCGGCUCAGACUGUUUGUGCAAACGCUCUGGACUAGUGAGCUUACCUGGCUGUGGCGUCCUGGUCUCGAUUUUUUAGGGAUGCCACCCGUUUUGUUUUUUUUUUCUGUCAAGACUUUAUUUAAAUUCUAGUUAGUUAACAUAUUGUGUGGUAUGAAUUUCAACCCACCCUCAUUUUUUAGCUACCCCAGCCCCCCUGCUCGGCCCGUCCCCAGAGGCUCACCCAGCCAUGUUCAGCCCCUACUCACUGCCCCUGGCUUGUUCCACUUCACUCACACCUGUCCAGACCUCUCAGCCUGUGGCAGAGGCUCAUGACCAGUCUCGGGGAGACCUUGGCACCCUCUCUGAGGCUUUGGGUGUCUUAGGUCAUGAAGCGAGGUUUCCUCUUGGCCUGAAGCCGUGUUGGGAUCAUUUUAGGGGGGACCUCCUGGGGGUGGCCUGGCUGGGCAAGGAGGCGAGUCUGAAGGGAGUUCUUCUGUCUAGUGUGGGGGCCUGGCAUGGGGAAGGCACGAUGUCCAGGGGCUGAAAGGGACAGGAAGAAAGAAGCCAAAGGACUGCCCCACUAGGGGCCACAGCCUGGAACUAGAAGUAUCUCAAAAUGUAGGGGAGAGCCCGUAUGUAAUGAUGUACUUCCCCAUGCAGCCCAGACACACACACACACCAGCCGCUGAUUCAUACAGCACACAGGCACACACAUACCACACAUCCACUCAGUUUCACACGUCCCAGGUGCACAAGCACACAUAAACACGCAUGUGUUAGCCAGACACAUGUGCUAAACACACACACGAAUGCACAAGUCUCCCCAUGUUGGAGGAGGACAGGCAAUGUGUUUCCAGAGAAAGAUCUGGAAGAGGAGCGCAGGGAAGGGAAUUCAGAAUGUGGGGAAGGACAUGGGCAUGAUAAGGGAAGUCAGGGAGAGAAGGGAGGGGGAGGCAGAGCCACAGAUUGGGCCCUGGUCAGCCUCCAGACCUAGCAGUGCCAAGGCUCCCUGUCAAGUGAAAGCUCGGCCUCGCAGAUCCCCAAGAGCCUGCCCUGCCUUGAGAGGAGGCUGAAGAGGGAGGUGCUCAAGGCCUAGGAGGGUGA